AUGGUCCCUCGUCGCCGCUUCAGCAGACGCUUCGCCGCCCUCGUCGCUGCGGCCGCCCUCUUCUUCCUCUACCACAUCUGCUCCCUCCACUCCUCCCUCGCCCCAUCCUCGUCAUCGUCCUCGAGUGCCGGCACCGUCGACCCUGAUCAUGCCGGUGAACCCGCCCCAUUCUGCCCGUCCUUACCAGGAAUUGAGGAUGUCCUGGUCGUCAUGAAAACCGGCGUCACCGAGUCGAAAGAGAAGGUGCCCAUCCACUUCAAAACGACUCUGCGCUGCAUCCCCAACUUCGUCAUCUACUCCGACUUCGACGAGGAGAUCGAGGGCGUCAAGAUCCACGACGUUCUGCGCCACAUCGACCCGGACGUCAAGGAGCGCGUCGCCGACUUCAACAUCUACAAUCGCAUCGCGGAGAACGGGCGCAAUGGCCUGGCCCAGGACGAUUUCGCCGACGAAGCCAACUCCGCCAUCGGGAAGCCCAACAACCCAGGGUGGAAACUGGAUAAAUGGAAGUUCCUGCCAAUGGCGCAGGAGGCGCUCAAGCACAAGCCCGAUGCGAAGUGGUACGUCUUCAUGGAAGCGGACACCUAUGUCUCGUGGCCGACCCUGCUAGCCUGGCUGGCCAAGUUCGAUGCGAAGAAGCCCUGGUACUUGGGCACCGAGACGCAGAUUGCGGACGUCAUCUUCGCCCACGGUGGUUCUGGCUUCAUGGUGUCGAACCCCGCACUGCAAGAUGCGUCGGAUCAGUACACUGCGCGCCGCGCAGAGCUAGAUAACUACGUUGACAAGCACUGGGCAGGCGACUGCGUUUUGGGCAAGGUCCUCGCAGACGCGGGCGUCAAUUUACACUUUACGUGGCCGAUUCUGCAGAACUCGAAUAUCGGUGAGCUGGACGAGUUCACGAACGAGUUGUACCGUCUUCCUUGGUGUUAUCUGGCUGUUGCCUUUCACCAUCUCAGCUCUCGCGAGAUCGAUCAUCUUUGGAAAUUCGAGCAAAGGCGCUGGCACGAUGUGAGUACACCCCGAGCUAUCUUAUCCCGCUCCAUUUUACAAUGUACUAAUGCCGACGUCUUCCGUGAAUACAUCUACCCCGAUAUCGCCUCGUUAACAACAAGAUCGAGCUGGGACAACCUCUCAAACGAAGACCAGCCCUUCGCCAAAACAUUCGAAGACUGUCGUGAGAUCUGCGAGGUCGAAAAGACAUGUGUGCAAUACGCCUGGCGCGGUGGGGAGUGCUACACAAGCAGUCGCCCGCGGCUGGGUAACUCGUCGCCUAGCGGAGACUCGACGUCGGGAUUCAUGACCAGCCGUAUCCGCGAAAUGAUGGAUAAGAGUGGUGUCUGCCGCGCUCCCGAAUUUGGAAGUCUCAGUUAA